GGGUUCGAUCUGGCCUGGCUCACGCCUAUAGGGUGUAAUUAUUUUGCGCACGAAAAGGUGUUGACUCACUUUCCCUUUGCAUACGUCUAUUUACAAUGGCCAUGCGCGCAACCCUUCCCCAGCGCGCGGUGCUCGCUAAGCGCACCGCUUUCUGCGCCGCGCCGGCGCGCCCUGCUGCCGCGGUCCGCACCUCUCGCGCCUCUGUGCGCGCGCAGGCGGGCUCCUCUGACUCGGCGAAUGUGGGCACUGCCGGCCUGGCAGCCAUCGCCCUGGGCCUGCCCGCCAACGCCAUCAUGCUGUGGUCGGAGUACACGCUGAAGACCACCGGCUCCGGCCUGCCCCCGGGCCCCGGCGGUGCCCUGGGCGCAGCUGAGGGCAUCAGCUACCUGGUGGUGCUGGCUGUCAUUGGCUGGUCCAUCUACACCAAGGUCAGCACUGGCACUGGUCUGCCUGCCGGUCCCUCCGGCCUCCUCGGCGCCGUGGAGGGCAUUUCCUACCUGUCCCUGCUGGUCGGCAUCGUUGUGUUUGCCCUCAAGUACCUGUCGUAAAUGCAACAGCUUGUCAACCACACGGACACAAGUUUUUGCAGACACUGGCUACCUUCAAAUCAUGUUAUCAUCUGCUGAUAUUUUUGAUCUGAAGGCCGUGGAUUUUAAAGUGACCAUGCAGUGUCUACUGGCACAGAGGAGUGGUGCGACACGUGUGCCUUGGCGUGUAAGUGUGGCGGCCGAUGAAGGCUGUUUCUGAGCUGAAUGGUGUGCUAACACCAGUGUCAAGGCUGGGCAUAGUAAAGAGACGUGUGCCUUGUGUAACACAAUCUGGCG